AGAAAGUCAUACACAUCUGGGAUGGCAUGAGAGUGAGUAAAUGAUGAGAGAAUCUUCAUUUUUGGGUGAACUAUCUCCUAAAAAGUUUCAGAGAAUGCGCCGAUGAAUUUUACUGCAAGGGAACAAAACUCCCGGAACCAUUUGUUAUCGCUGAUGAAGCGUAUCGGCACUAUUUUAAAGCUGCACAACAGCACUACUGGACCCACACAGACUCUUUGCUUCACUGAGCUUGUGUGUGUUUGGACCUGUUGAGUUCUGCGAUGGGCAGACUAAGAAAAAAACACAACUGGAAAGGCAGACAGCAGAGCACAUCUGUGCAGACAGCUAGAGGAGAGAAACAGGCUGAUGUGCAAGUGGAGAUUCAGGAUGGUGAUGUCCUGAAAGGAGUAGAUGAAUGUAACGCUCUUGUUCUGCCCGGAACCAAAAUCAAGAAGCAAAAAAUCGAGCAUCCCGUGCCUAAGAAGAAACCUCUGACAAAGAAACAGAGAAAGAACCUGGAGAAAGUUCUGGAACAGAAAGAGAAAAAAGCCCAUAGAGCAGAUAUAUUAAAUAAAUUGGCUGAAGUUCAACUGCCUGAGUCGGAGCUGAAACUAUUGUACACAACCUCUAAACUUGGCACUGGAGACAAACUCUACCAGACCAAACAAUCUGUGAAUGACGAACAGGAGGGCGGUUCAACCACAGUCAAGAUCAGCGGUUUGAGUGGAGCAAACAGAAAGAGGAGGAGAGACGCUGAUGAUGAAGGUGACAAAUCAGAUUCUUCAGAAGAGACCGAGAGCUCAGACUCAUCUGAGGAAGAGGAGGAGGCCACUGAGGAAGAACACUUGGAAAAGAGCUGCACCACAGAAAAGACAGAAGAGCAGCAGGUGCUGAGAGAGGAAGGCAAACAGAAAGAAAAAGAGCUUACAGAAGAGAAGAAAGAAAAAGACAUGAAAGAGGUGCUUCAUAAGAAGGAAGACUGCAAACCAGCUGUGUUUAUUCCUGUGGACAGACUGCCAGAGAUCCAGGAAGCUCGUUUGAGGUUGCCGGUCCUGGCCGAAGAACAGGUGAUCAUGGAAGCCGUGAGGGAAAACGAAUCUGUGGUGUUGUGCGGAGAAACUGGCAGUGGAAAAACCACACAGGUGCCUCAAUUCCUGUAUGAGGCCGGAUACGCCAGUUCUGCUGGUAUUAUUGGUGUGACGGAGCCCAGGAGGGUGGCGGCUAUCAGCAUGUCUCACCGUGUUGCCAAAGAGAUGAAUUUAUCCACAGGGGUGGUGUCGUAUCAGAUCAGAUACGAGGGGAACGUGACAGAAAACACAAAAAUCAAGUUUAUGACAGACGGAGUUCUGCUGAAAGAAGUUCAGAAGGAUUUCCUGUUGAAGAAAUACAGUGUGAUCAUCAUAGAUGAAGCUCACGAACGCAGCGUUUACACGGACAUCCUCAUCGGCCUUCUGUCACGCAUCAUACCUCUCCGCAACAAGAAAGGUUUACCCAUGAAGCUGUUGAUCAUGUCUGCGACACUUCGAGUGGAAGACUUCACUGAGAACAAGAGGCUCUUCCGCUCUCCUCCACCUGUCAUCAAGGUGGAGGCCCGUCAGUUUCCGGUCACUGUUCAUUUUAAUAAACGCACACCGAUGGAAGAUUACACGGGAGAAGCUUUUCGCAAAAUCAGCAAGAUUCACCGAAUGCUGCCAUCAGGUGGUAUUCUGGUGUUUCUAACGGGUCAAGCGGAGGUUCAUUCUGUGUGUCGCAGACUGAGAAAAGCUUUUCCUCACAGACCAAACCGAGAACACACAGAUUCAGUGGACACAGAAGAACUGAGGAUGUCAAGAAGAGCAAAGAAAAAGCAGAAUGUGUCCCUCCCGAGGGUUAAUCUGGAUAAUUACUCUGCUCUGCCAGUGGAUGAGGGUGAUGAAGAUCGUCAGGCUGGCAUUGAUGAAGAUGAAGAUGAUUAUGAAGAUCUGGAUCUGGAGCUGGGAGAUUGUCCAGACAGCGAUCAAGAGGAGAAGUCUGAUCCGUCAAUCCCUCUGUAUGUGCUGCCGCUGUACUCUCUGUUGGCACCUGAACAGCAGGCAAGGGUAUUCCGUCCUCCACCCGCUGGAACGCGUCUGUGUGUCGUCGCAACUAAUGUGGCUGAGACGUCUCUGACGAUUCCCGGCAUCAAGUAUGUAGUUGACUGCGGUCGUGUGAAGAAAAGGUUCUAUGACAGAGUGACAGGCGUGUCCUCCUUUAAGGUCACCUGGAUUUCACAGGCUUCAGCCAAUCAGAGAGCGGGAAGGGCAGGGAGAACAGAGCCGGGUCACUGCUAUAGGCUCUACUCCUCUGCUGUAUUUGGGGAUUUCAGUUUGUUUUCAGAGGCUGAAAUCACUCGCCGACCUGUCGAUGACCUCGUCCUACAGAUGAAAGAUCUCAACAUUGAAAAGGUAGUGAAUUUUCCGUUCCCCACUCCUCCCUCCUCUGAAGCUCUGAUCUCAGCCGAACAGCUUCUGAUCUCUCUGGGUGCUCUGGAGGAACCUCCCCGAUGUGGACGUUUGGGUGAGAUGGAAAGGGCACGUCUGUCAUGUCCCAUAACCCCUCUGGGUCGUGCGAUGGCUGCGUUUCCUGUAGCACCACGUUAUGCUAAGAUGCUGGCGCUUGGCCGUCAGCAGGGCUGUAUGCCGUAUAUCAUCACCAUAGUGGCUGCCAUGACCGUCAGAGAGAUAUUUGAGGAAUAUGACAGGCCUGCGGGCAGUGAGGAGGAAAGCGCCAAGUUGGCAGGGAAAAAAGCGCGAUGUGUGCAGAUGAGGAGGUUGUGGGCGGGACAAGGACAGUCGCAGCUGCUUGGAGAUCUGAUGGUUUUACUUGGGGCUGUUGGUGCUUGCGAGUUUGCUGGCUGCACUCAUCAGUUCUGCGAGGAGAACGGACUUCGGUACAAAGCAAUGCUGGAGAUUCGAAGACUGCGGGGACAACUGACCAGUGCAGUGAAUGCCGUGUGCUCUGAUGUUGGUGUGUUUGUGGAUAAUAAGAUGGCUCCUCCUACAGAAGCUCAGGUUGUAUGUUUGCGUCAGAUCGUGCUGGCUGGUUUAGGAGAUCAUCUCGCCAGACGAGUGCAGGCAGAGGAAUUGCUCGACCCGAAAUGGAGGAACGGCUACAAGACUCCACUUUUAGAUGAGCCAGUGUUUAUUCACCCAUCAUCUGCCCUCCAUAAGACCCUGCCAGAGUUUGUCGUUUAUCAGGAAAUCAUGGAGACAACCAAGAUGUACAUGAGAGGCGUUUGUGCCGUGCAGGCUGAGUGGAUUCCGAAGCUCCUCCCACAAUACUGCCACUUCAGCACUCCAGAGGAAAGCCCCGCCCCCUGGUACUGCCCACUGAGUGGCAGAGUGAAGUGUAAACAACAAAGCACCUUCUUCAGAGUCGGUUGGAAACUUCCCGCCAUUGAGAUGGAUUACCCAGAUGGCCUUGAGCGUUAUAAACUGUUUGCAAAGCUUUUCCUGGAGGGGCAGGUUUGUCCAAAGAUGCAGCAGUUCAGCACAUGUUUGCUGUCGUCACCUUCAAUCAUGCUGAAGACCUGGGCCAAGUUACAACCUCGAACUGAAGUUCUUCUUACAACUCUGGUGUCAGAGAAAGUGGACAACAAAACAUCCUUAGAAGCUGCAUGGAAGAAAAAUGACAAAUAUCUUCUCACAGCAUAUUGUCAGUGGAUCCCAGAGUCUCUGCACCCAGAGGUCACAAAAAGCUGGCCACCAAUCUGACAUACGAUCAGAAUCCUGCCUGUCCUGCACAGCAAACAUUCGCCUUUGUAAACCAAAACCACAGCAGGACACACGUACCUUAAGACAUUUUAUUAAACAGGCUCCUCCUGGAUUCUUAUGGAGAUCUAAAUCUGUUCCUCGCUCUUGCCUCUGAAAGUUGUUGGACUGAAAAAGACUUCCUGUUAAAAAUGGUGUUUAAAAGCUGUCAGCAGCUCGUGAGGCGUCUGGUGUGGAAACUGGACGUUUGGAAUUUCUCAGAUGUGCAUCUUCACGUAUAAUAAAACCAGAACAAAUAAAUUCUUAUGUUUUUAAACAA